AACCCAAUGAAACCUCCGUGUGUUUAUAGAUUCUGAGAUUUACUCAAGUAAGUGACAGGCAUGUAGAUUACGCUGAGAUUAGCCAGCCCCUAGGAAACUCAAUGUUUUUUGAAAAUACUCACCUAUAGUUACUAGCGAAGGGGUCCAUAGAUUAGAAUAGCAUAAGGAGUGGCCCCCUAUCAGCACCGAUAGAUAAGUCGUGGAAUAGCGGACUAUGAAGGCCCGCUUCAUAUGCGAUCCAUCGAACCAUCGCAGCGGAAACCUCUUUCAUUCUAAUAUAAGCCCCCAAGGCGGUGACAACCUAAACAAAUUCAUUUCGCCACCGGACAGAGCAACAUGGUCAGGUUGGCGCUAAUCCUGGGGCUGGGCCUUUUGGCUGUGGCCAGCGUGAAUGCAGAAAUGACCAACAUGUUCGCCAUGACCAAUACGAAACUCCUCACUGAGCACUUUGCUGGGGAUCAUUCGAGUUUUUUCAACACCAGACGCCUGUCCGUGGAGUUCUUUGACUACUACUCCAAUGUAACUCUAGAGGAUCUCACGGCGAACUCGAGGAUCCCCUCGCUACAGGACUUGGUGUGCCUAGCGGAUCUGGCCCUCCUCUCCGACGACCUUUCGUCCUCCAAAUUCUGGGCCUUGAAGAUGAUCGACUCCUGGGGCCUGUUGCCGUCGGGCAUGCUGGUGGGCAACUGGUGGAACUUGGGCAACUUCGACGAGUGCAUUGCGGUGGACCACGCGGUGACCAGCAGUCACAGCAUCAAGGGCAAGUACUGCAUCAGCAAGCUGGCACCAGCUCCAAGUGCGCUGCCCGCAUUCGUCCUCAAGUCAGCUGUCUGCUUUCCGGCCUCCUGUUCCGCCGCCAACAUGAACACCAUGCUCCGGAGACUCUUCCAGAAGCUACUCAGCGUGGAGCUUGGUGCAGAUGUGCAGCUUGUGGCCGAGGAGACGUGCCAGACUUCAGAGAAGAAGCCAUACGAUGGCCUCACCAUAUUUACCAUAGUUAUGCUCUCGAUUUUGGGGGCUCUCGUGGGUCUCAGCACUAUUUUUGACUAUUUCUUUUGCAAAGAUGAGAAAACCAUACAUCCAGUGGUGAAAGCCUUCUCGGCACGGGCCAACUCGCGUUCCCUGUUCCGCAUCGUGGAUACCAAGGCGAAUGCCAACGUCAUCGAUUGCCUUCACGGGAUCCGGUGUCUUUCCUUCAUCUGGGUGGUCUACGGUCAUGACUACAUGGUGUUUUCCACGUUACCCAACAUCAACAUGGGCUACCUUCUGACGUGGAUAAACUCCUUUUACAGUUCGUUUAUAAAACACGCGGUCUAUGCUGUGGACUCAUUUUUCUUCCUGAGCGGCUUGUUGCUCGUGGUGAUUGCCCUGCGAUCGAUGGACAGAACCAAGGGAAAGCUUAAUAUACCCAUGAUGUAUCUGCAUCGCUAUCUGCGACUCACCCCCAUCCUGGCUUUUGGCAUACUCGUCUACUUGAAGAUCCUGCCGCUCUGGAGCAACGGGCCCCUGAAAGGAUCCGUGGGCUUCGAUGAUUACUCGGUGUGCGAGAACACCUGGUACUGGACACUCCUCUAUGUGCAGAACUAUGCGACUAGUAACCUGUGCCUCAGUCAUACCUGGUACCUGGCGGUGGACAUGCAGCUGUACAUCUUUGCACCCUUCCUCCUGAUCUGCCUGCACAAGUGGGGCAAGAAGGCGGCCGCUGGCAUCUUCGUUCUGAUGCUCCUUCUGGCCGGCUGCCUAUUCAGCAUCAUGGUCAUCAAUGACUUAUCCCUCGGAGCAGGCACCGGUGAAUCGAUGAGGAGGCUCUACUACGCCACGCAGACUCGUGCUUCUCCCUACCUAAUUGGCAUCCUGUUCGGCUACUUCCUUCACACCCACCGGGGCAAGGACUUCAGGCUGAACCGCCUAGCUGCCCUCCUGGGCUGGCUGAUUGCGUUAACUUUAAUAGCCAGCUGCCUGUUUUCGGUCUAUGGCCAGGACACGUUGCCCAUUGUGGAGGAGGCCUUCUACCUAAGCUUAUCCCGGAUCGCCUGGCCACUGGCUCUCUGCUGGGUGAUCUUCGCCUGCAUGCAGGGAUACGGAGGACUGGCCAGCAGCUUCCUCUCCUCUCCCCUGUGGCAGCCGCUGUCCAAGCUGUCCUACUCCGCCUACAUCUUCCACAAGUUCAUCGAGAGUCUCAACGGUGAGAUGACGCACACUAGCACCUACUUUAGCGACUACCAAGUGAUGCUUCGAUUCUGGCCUGACUUUGGCUUCACGAUUCUGUUCUCGUACCUCAUGCAUAUCCUGAUCGAAGCGCCCUUCGCCGCUCUGGAGAGCCUUUUGAUACCCACAAAGAGGACAAGUGCCAAACCAGACGCGGUGGUGGAGCCCAGGAUGCCGGAGCUGAAGGCACCUGUCGAAGAAUCUCCAUUAGAAGAACCCGCAGAAGCGACAUCCGCGAUACCUGAAGAAGUCACUAAGGACCAUCCUGAAAAGAGCUCUGCCUAAUUAUAAGUCCUUAGUACUUUCAGUCCUUUGUAUAUAAUUAUUUCGACACUACGCAGCACAUGAAAGUCAAGGCAUGGUCAAGUAUAUCAAUACGUAAUCAGAUAUGUAAUGUAAAUUAU